AUGGACAAAGACUAUAACAGGAGCCAAUCUCCUGAGUCAUACCUAUACACGACGUUAGUCAGACAGGUCGUAGGGCCUGUGGCGAGCGAUGUAAUAGGGCUACUAAUGGCGAAAGGCCGCUUGACAGUGGGUCGUUUAGGAAACACUUUAGGCAUACCUCAACGUAAGGUUCACGCUGCUCUGGUAGCUUUGAUUCAGUUAAGUUGUGUGGUGUAUUAUACCGAGAAAAAAACUAAUAGUCAUUCUAAUGAAAAUGAUGGCGACAAGUCUAAAAAGAACUCGGCCGGGCAAACCUGGUAUUAUUUCCAUGAAACCGGUCCUCUUCUCCUUCUUUAUGGAGGAGAAAUGAUUGCAGUUGUGCGGCACGAACAUGGUCCAGAUGCUGCUACACUCCUUCAAGCUGUGAUUACUUCAGGGCAUGUCAGACUUGGUGACCUAGAACGUGAUGACAAUGGUGUGGAGAUCCAUAAUGCUGCACGGCAUUUGAUUGAAGAUGAUUGGUUAAUUCCUACUGGAUCAGAGGGGUUUCAAGGGGUACAAGAUCAAUGGGAUGAUCUCUAUAGAACCACCCAGGCUAGUUAUCAUAAAGAGCACUUAGGUCAAACGAUAAGUGAUGUAAAGCGUACCGCGCAGGUUCGAGAGGAAACUUGUAUUGCUUUUAUCAGAAAAAUGACAGAGUCUUUGGAUCAUCUAAGAAUGGGCCUGGUCAGCUCCAAUGUAACAAGUGAGUCACCUUCUAUCUCAAAAGUAAGGCGUAACGUAGCGCUAGCUGUUAAUUUCGAUCGCUUUCUCAAGCACAAGCGUACCUUACAAUUGACUAAUUUGGCACGUCAUCGUUUAGGUUCUGUAGCAGGACAAGUCUACCAGGCUGCACUUUCCAUCGUGGAACGUCAUACAAAAUCUCCUCUUAACAUGCAUGUAACAGUUUUACUACGACUAGUAGCCGGAUCUGGUCAAUCUACGACCACAGGAUUAUCACCAGCUACUGUUCGUGAAACUUUGGAGAGGCAACGUGACAAUGAUUGUAACCCCGAAGUUACGUUUCACCCGAGUGAUGUUCUAAGUAAAUUAUCUCCCGAGUAUCGCCGAGCUCUUGAUUCCACGAUUUGGAGUGAAGCUUUUUCGACUGGAAAGCGUCCCAUUGUUUCUUCAGAGCACACAGCAGCAUCGGUUCAUAAGAAAAUCAAACUCGAAGAUAAUUGCUCCGGUUCCAACUUACUUGCUCCCGUCAAUGUAGCCCGUUACGCUGAAGAAGAUCCAGCUAGGAUGCCGAAGUUGCAGGCGCUGCUUGAACUUCUAGCCAAAGAUUCAUCAGUUCCAUUCCUUGCACAUGGAGACCAUGGCACUUUCUUCGUGCCUUUUACUGAUUUGGCCCCUGUGAUCAAUAUACAAGUAUACAAAUCAUGCAUCGGAACAGUUCUGGGGGCUUCCUGCCUAAGAAUACUUAACUGCAUCAUCGAUCAUAGACUUAUUGAUGAGAAAAUGUUAGCAAACAAGGUACUCAUGAAAGCAAGUGAAAUCAGAACAAAUUUGGCCAAACUUAUUGAAUUUCAGAUUAUAGAAAUACAAGAAGUUCCGAAAACUCAAGAUCGGAAUGCACUUCGCUCAGUUUUUGCUUUUCGCCACCGCUUUGAUCUUGGAACAAAUUUAAUGUUAAAGUCUUUGGCGUUCAACGCAGCUCAAGUACUGGAAAGUUUAACAGCUCUUAAAAUUGACAACAAAAUUCUUCUUGAUAAGGUUAGUCGAGAUGAUGUUCAGGGCAAAGAACUAGAGUUUCUACAACCUUCUGAACUGAAACAAAUGGAAUUUGUGUAUCAACAUGAACUAAGAAGUUAUGGUCAGCUGAGUAGGAUAUUGGCAUCCCUUGAUGCAUUAAAAUUUUGUACCUAG